UCCCUCUCUUUUUCUUCGUCUUUUGAUUGUUCUCUCAUUCGUUUCUCUACAUCGUUCGUUUGUUCCCGUCAGUUGUGGACUGCUGCUUUCUCUUCUGCUACACAUCCAUUCGUUUAACCCUAACCCUAUCAGGGAUCAUUCGUUAUCCCUGCUGGUAUCAUAGAGUCUUGUAUUGUUCGUUCGAACUACUGUUAUCGCCAGUCUUGACAACAGACUUGUCCACUUUUUUCAACACCUCUUCACAAUUUAAACAGAUCUCUCAACAUGCGGGCCAUCGCUCUCAUCUCCUUCCUCCCUCUUGCGGCUCUUGCCCAUCCCCAGGGUCUCUGGUGGGGCACCGACACCUGCUACAACAGCCCAGAUAACACCGACAACGAAUGCUCCGACCAUCAGAGAACAGGCUUUGACUGGUCUGACUUGGCCGAUGGAGCCUUCUCCUCCUACGGUGGCUUCGACUUCAGCGGCUUCCUGUCGGGCAAUGGCUUCGGUGGCUCUGCAUCCGGGGACCGAUGCAUUUCGGGAAAGCUCUCUCGAUCGAGCGCUACCUCCCUGGUAAUCUCCGCUGGUGCAGACAUCAGCGCUUUCUCCAUCACCAACCUCAAGGUCUCCACCUCCAUCGAGACAGAGAUACACAUCGUCUAUGGCAUGCCAGACGGAUCCACCUGUCGGGAUACGGCGUGGUGCUCGCCCGAGGCCGAGGACGUGAGCAACGACCAGUGCGGUGGCGCCAUCUCCGUCGGGUUCGAGCUCCUGGAGAACAGUGACAGCGAGGACUGCGACCUGGACAUCCACCUGAUCGACUUUGAUUGCUCUCCUGGCCCGAAGCCUCCGGGUGGUGGCCAUGAGCAUCACCCCGAUCCCCUGCCCACGCCUCCCUCCCUUCCCUCCCCGUCCGUCCCGGGGAUUCCUGGCUUCAGCACUCCGGUGAUUCCACCCCCUGCGAUCACCACCCCGGUGAUCCCGCCGCACGGAACCACUCCCCCCGUGGGCCCCGUCGUGACGCCCCCGGUCCCCACGAGCAUCCCAGUCCAGAUCCCUCCUCCGUCUAGCGUGGGGCCCAGCAGUGGCCCCUCUUCGCCACCCGAGGGCCAUACUACCACCGUGGUGACCUACGAGACCGUCACCACCUGCCCGGUCACCAACACCAUCACCUCCGGCGCGUCUGUCACUACUGAAGUAUCCAGCACGGUGUCCACCGUCACGCUGACCUCGACCUCAACCAUCUGCACCAGGUGCGCCAAUCCCCCGACGCCAGGCGUGCCCACUGGCGUGCUGCCCACCUCGGCUCCAGCCCCGCCAGCCCAGACCACCACUGUGGUGACCUACGAGACGGUAACCACCUGCCCGGUAACGACCACAAUCACAGCCGGCAGCACGACCUCCACAUCCGUCUACACAACCGUCUCAACAGUGACCCUCACUUCCACCAACACAAUCAUCCCCCCCACGGGCGCCCCGUCCUCGCCCCCUAACCCCCCAUCAUCCCCCCAUAACCCCCCCUCAUCUCCCCCCCUCCCCCCGUCCGAAUGCCCCACCGUGGUCCCCAAAUGCAUCAACACCUGGCUCGAUCUCCCCAAAUGCGACUCCAACGCCGACACAACCUGCUUCUGCCCGUCCUCCGACUUCACCAACAAAGUCAUCUCCUGCAUCCAAGCCUGGGGCUCCUCCGCCGCCGAGAUCCAGUCCGCCCUGUCCUACUUCACAGGCAUCUGCGCCGCCUUCGUCCCCACAAACCCCGGCAUCGUCACCGCCGUCCCGACAACAAUCACCCUGGGCCCAGUCCCCAAGCCCACGGGCGCUGCCCCUGCUCCUAACGGACCCCCCGGCGCCCCUGGCCCUGGCCCUGGCCCCGCCCCCUGCACAACCCUAACAUACUCCACCUACACGGUGACCGUCCCGCAGGUGGGCUUCAGCACGAGCGCAGGCGUUUCCACCACGAGUGUAGGCCUGAUUCCGGGCCCGGCUCCUACGGGCGUCAUCCCUGGCAACACGGCGACGCGUAUCCCCAACCCGUGGACGGCCUCUUCUACUCUCACUACCCACCGGGGCGUUAGCUCGACCGCUGUGGCGGGGCCGACCGAGACGCCUCCGAUCUUUUCGAAUGGUGGCUCGAAGACGGUGGUUGUGUCUGGGGUUUGGGCUGUGGGGGUUGCUGUUUUGGUUGGGUUUGUUUAGUUGGUUGUUUUUUGAGAUGGGGUGCGAAUUGUCUACGUUUCAGAUUGUGAAUGUGAAUAGUUUAUGUAGAUUGGGUUGGUUGGUUGGUUGGUGGAGGUGGAUGGUGUAUUUAUUAUACUGAUAGGUAUAUACUGCUUGAACUUAAUUAUGUUUUAUCUGA